AUGGUAUUGCCUGUCGGAGCACCAGAGCACACUCUUAUAAGGUCUUCACAGCCUAAUGUUAAUCUUACACGUACCGAUGGAAAUCGAGUAAUUUCAGCGCUUCGAUCAGAUACAAAGGUGCUAUCCACACAUAUUAGCGAUCGAGGAGGUUAUUCUCAGUCUCAGCCGCUACAACAAUUAAUGUUACCAUCAUCAGUUAUGAUGAAUCGUUAUCAUCAAGGCCGACACACCGAAAUGACUCUCGAACUUGGUGGUCAGUCAGGAUUCUUCGGAACAGGAUUGUUACGUGUGAAGCAGCAACGAACUCGAGCAAAAUCAGUACAAUUAGGCAAUUUAGAAAACUUAUUUAAUGCAGACAUGAUUGAAUCACUCGAUUACGAAUAUGAUACUAAAGAAAAUGAGCCAUUAAUACGGCAGCGUGCUGGUAUAAAUGGAUCAGCCAGAUCACGACUAUCAGCACGAAUGUCUCCAUUUAAAGAAAAAUGUUUGCCGUUGACGAAGGAAGAAACACUUGAACUAUUAUUACUCCUCAACGAAACAGGCAUGUUGCUUUAA